CCGCGUCGGUCCAGUAUACUCAUGUGCGCUUUCAAACUUCACGCACUAGAUAUAGAUUCAUUGUUCCUUCUUCAUUCCACAGUUUCAGAAGCCAAAAGACACAUCUCCAGGCUCCACGAGCAGACCUACUAGCCUACCGGCACCCGCCACUACACUCGACAUGAGACGGUAGCUUCCAGACGCGCCAUUGCGCACAUCCAACACCAUAGACUUGUAUACACUUAAUUCAACCACCAAAAUUCCAAGAUGUCUUUCGUUCCUCGAGCCGCUUUCCCAUCGCUUUCGCAUCUGCCGCGCUCCUACUUCCUAGGCCACCACAAAUCCGGGUUGCAGAAGAUGAAGACCCUCCUUUCCAGCAUCGACCUCGUCAUCGAAUGCCGCGACUACCGUGUGCCGCUCACAUCGCGCAACCCGCUCUUCGAAGAAUCGCUCGAAGGCAAAGAACGUCUCAUUGUGUAUACGAAGCGCGAUCUCGGUGGGCCGGCUCGCGACAGCAGAAAUGAAGAGGUCAUAACGAAGUGGCAUGCGCCGACGCCAACGAUGUUUAUCAGGAACAGCAGCGAUGAGGAGGGCAAGGCGAGCAGGCGGCGAAGUGUAGAGAAGCUGCUGGAAUUCCUGCGGGAGCAUGCACAACAGCGGUGGAAGCUCGUUGGACAUAGGCUCCUCGUGGUGGGUAUGCCAAACGUGGGCAAGUCAACGCUCCUCAACGCGCUCCGCGCACAUGGCAUUGGCAAAGGCAAGGUCGCGAAGACAGGCGCCCAGCCGGGUGUCACGAGGAAGAUUGGCAGCGGAGUCAAGAUCAUACCAAGCGAAGAUGAUGCAGAAAGCAUGGACGAGACGAGCAGGAAGAGGUACAAGGGUGUGGGCGGGGGCGUCUAUCUCGUUGAUACGCCGGGAGUCUUUAUACCAUAUGUUCCUGAUGCGGAGGCGAUGAUGAAGCUCGCGCUUUGCGGCAGCGUCAAGGACUCCAUCAUCCCGCCUGUCAUGCUUGCCGACUAUCUCCUCUACCACAUGAACCUUAUCGAUACCACUCUCUACGCUGAGUAUGUCCAUGGACCCACGAAUGACAUCGUGGAGCUUUUGGAGGGUAUUGCGAAAAGAACGGGUAGACUAGGCAAGGGUGGAAAGGCCGAUACGGAGGCCACGGCGCUGUGGAUGAUUCAGAAGUGGAGGACGGGCAAUAUGGGCAAAUUCCUGCUCGAUGGAGUGACCGAGCAAGGCUUGGAAGUGAGCAAGUUGGCGGAGCAGGAAAGAGUACCCAGCAUGAACCAGGCACGAAAAGCGCAGCGCGAGGUACGGCGAGCGAGAAACAAGGCAAGGGGCGAAGCGUGAG